CGUCCCGUUCAGCUAUCAAACCAACAAAUAAUUUGGUUUGAUAGCAGCUACGAUAUGGUCUAAAUCCAGUCGGCUUCUGGCGAGUUUAAGCAGCUCAGAGAACAUUGGUUAAGUUUGCACAGUAGCGAUUGAUAGCAGUGCCGCAUGGAUUUGGUUGAAAGGAUCAUUCAGCUGACGUUCGCGAUGAUGAACAGUGUUCUCUUACCUGGACUGCUGGCAAGUGUGUCUACGUGGCUGGUGCAAGACUGCCGUGCUGAGCAACUGCUGACCGAAUUGAAGCAUGUAGCCCUGGCGGCGCAGCAGGCCGAAGCCAAAAUGAGCAACAGCACCAUCAUCCUGCCCGCCCUGGAGGAGGACGCUGUGCCCGGGGUACGGCCCCCGCCCUAUGUCGUCCGCACCCGGCUGGGAGGCCUGGCAACGUUUUACUGCGAUACCGAGUCGCCGGAAGCGGCGCUGCAGGUCGUCUGGCGCCACCAGAACGCCACCAUCCACGGCGACGAACUGCCGCGCUCCCCGAAAGGUCACUAUUACCGGCAGGCUACCAGCCUCGACACGAGCUACCUUCACAUCCACCGUGUCAGCCGAGAUUCCGGCGGGGCGGUGGAGUGCUCGCUGCACUGCGGUCCGACGCAAGAACUGUGUCGCAUGUGGACGUACUACCUGCUGCCCACACUGCGCCCCCGCGACGCCUUCCUGGCGCCCCUGCGCAACGUGUCCACGCCGCUGCGGACCUUCUCCAUGACGUGCAGUGGGCGUGUCGACUGCAGCCGGACGGGGUGGGAGGCGCACUUCAUCUGGAAGUACGAGGGGCGCUUCGUGGCGGCGCCCUAUCACGCCCUACGCAUCCUCGCCGGCAACUCGCACACCCCCGCUCUGCUGCACAGCACCAUCGACGCCAACGUGUCGGCACAGUUAGCCCCCGAAACUUUCUGCACCACAACGCUGACCAUGAGCAUGAGCCCGGCGGUCAGUAAUCGGCCGGCGAGGGUGGACUGCUGGCUGCGCACCGAUCUCCACUCUCACACAUGGUUCGUUCAGUCCGCGUACGUCCAUUUCACGCCAUCGCUGUAAACUUAUAGCUUGUGUCUUCGUGAAUUUGCUGCACGAAUCGUUGUAUGUAGAAAAAUUUGGAUUAUGUUUUCUAUGUUGCUGAUAUCAGAUUAG